GUUGUCCACCCUUUCUAUGCAUAUUGGCAGAGUUUCUGUACUCGGAAAAACUUUGCUUGGAAAGAAGAAUAUGACACACGACAAGCCUCAAAUCGCUGGGUGAAACGAGUUAUGAAAAAGGAGAACAAAAAAACGAGAGAGAAAGCAAGGAAGGAGAGGAAUGAACUCGUCCGUCAGCUUGUAGCCUUUAUUCGUAAAAGGGAUAAAAGAGUACAGGCUCACAGGAAACUUGUAGAAGAACAGAAUGCAGAAAAAGCUAGAAAAGCAGAGGAAUUUCGGAGGCAGCAAAAGCUCAAACAAGCUGAGCUUGCGGAGCAGUACAAAGAGCAGAGCUGGAUACCUACGGCAGAUCUGGAGAGAGAGUUGCAGGAGAUGGAGGCACAAUAUGAAAAGGAAUUUGGAGAUGGAUCAGAUGAUGACAAUCUAGAAAAACAAGAGACAGAAGACAAACUGAAUGCUGAGACUAAAGCAGCUGAAUUUCUUGAUGGUCUGUACUGCCCUGCUUGUGACAAAUGCUUAAAAACUGAGAAGGCCCGGAGGAAUCACGAAAAAUCCAAGAAGCAUCGGGAGAUGGUAACACUGUUAAGACUGCAACUGGAAGAAGAAGAAAGGGGUUUUCCUGUGUCUUCGGAUGAUGCAGAAGCAACACAUAGCCCAGAGGAGGAAGAAGCAGAAGACAUGCCCAAGCAGAAACUCUCGAAGAAGCAGAGGAAGAAGCUGAGAACAGUGAUUUAUGAGGAACUUUCUGAGGAAGAUGCUGAUGAAGGAACAACUGAACAGGGGGAGGUGCCUGGCGUGGAUGAGGACAGUGGCACACCGGAAGGGUUGGCAAAUGAUGGACAAAGAUGCGCUGCGUCGGAGGACGCAAGCGCUGGAGAAGGGGCUGGCCAAGUGAGCGAAGCAAAAAGUGAAGGGAAAAGUGCUAAGCCUAAAGGGAAGAAAGCCAAGGAUGCCAGGAAGUCUGCUAAGGUGUCUUCAGAGAACCCCACAACGAAUGAAGUUCCCAUCCACUGUGCAACCUGCAACUGUGCAUUCCAAUCCCGAAAUAAACUGUUUGAACACCUAAAAGCCACUGGACAUGCAAAAGCAACACAAACACCAGCUGGAAACAGAAGCAAAAAAGAGGCGUAA